AUAGGUUAUGUCUAUUUUUGUGUAGUUUUAGGUUAGAUUUCUUAAAAUUGAAACUCCAGAAAUAUGAGAUGAAUACCAAAAAAAAUGCUUCAGAUAAUGUCCAUAAUAGCGGCUGCACAUUUAGUGUAUUGCCCUUUCACAAAAGUGGAAGAAAGUUUCAAUUUGCAAGCAACACAUGAUAUUCUAUACCACAGAUUCAAUCUUUCUCAAUAUGAUCAUCACGAUUUUCCUGGUGUUGUACCCAGAACCUUCAUAGGUCCGUUGUUUGUGUCUCUUUUAGCUUCUCCUCCAGUAGCAGUUCUUCAACUUUUUAAUCUUAACAAAUUCUGGUCUCAGUAUAUAGUUCGUGGAACAUUAGCCUUAUGUGUUCUCGUCAGUUUGAAUAUAUUAUGCAAAACUUUGGAGAAAUUAUUCGGAAAAAUAUGGUUGCAAUGGUUUGUAGCAAUAACUGUAACCCAGAGCCAUUUUAUGUUCUACUUGAGUAGGCCUCUACCAAAUAUUUUUGCUCUACCUUUAGUUUUAUUGGCAUUGAACAGUUGGUUAAAAAAUGAGGGCAAAAGCUUCAUAUUAUUCUCUGGAGCAGCUAUUAUAAUAUUUAGGGCAGAACUUGUUCUAUUUCUGGGCACUUUAUUAUUAUAUGACCUAUAUUUUGGAAGAAUUAGCAUCAAACAGUUAUUCCAAAUAGGAAUACCAGCAGGAUUGGGCUUCUUAGGAUUAUCGGUGGUCGUUGAUUCAAUAUUUUGGAAUAGACCUUUGUGGCCUGAAGGGGAAGUUUUAUGGUUUAACACAAUAUUGAAUAAGAGUUCAGACUAUGGGACUUCACCAUUUUUAUGGUAUUUCUACUCAGCUAUACCCAGAGGAAUGGCUGCUUCUCUUUUCCUUCUACCAAUUGGGUUGUACUUAGAUGAGCGAGUCAGAAAAAUCAUCUUACCAGCUCUCCUUUUUGUAUUUUUGUACUCAUUCCUACCUCACAAAGAGUUGAGAUUUAUAAUUUAUGUGUUUCCUGUUUUCAAUGUAGCUGUGGCAACUGCUUGUUUUAGAUUGUGGGAGAAUAGGAGUAAAUCAUUUUUUCAGUACCUUUUAUCUUUAGGUGUAGUUGGUCACCUAUGUGUCAACAUUGCAUUCACUCUCUUUUUAUUGUGUGUUUCUGGCACAAAUUAUCCAGGAGGAACUGCUAUAUCACAUCUUCAUCGUUUGGCAAGGGAUGAAGUAAAUGUUAGUGUGCAUAUAUCAAACUUGGCUGCUCAAACUGGGGUGUCUAGAUUCACUCAGAUAAAUGAUAACUGGAUAUAUUCCAAAAAAGAAAACCUUCUUCCUGGUUGUCAGGAAAUGUACGAAUAUACACAUAUCAUUGCGGAGGCAAAAAGCAAAUUCUCGACAAAUUUGAAACCUUAUACUUUUACCCAUGACGUCAUAGAUACUAUAGAAGCCUUUCACCAAGUUUCCUUCAAUUACCUGACCAUCCCACCUGUGAAAAUAAAAAUGAAGCCGGUGUUGUUCAUUUUGAAACGAAAAUCUAAUUUCAAAGACAUGUUGCAAAUGCGAAAUUUUUAUGAAAAUGAAGAUGAGCCACUGUCAGAAACUGACGAAGAACAAAGCAGCGCGAUCAGCUCGGAGGUAGUCACAGAAGUUGACAAUGGUGUGGAAAAUUCCAGGGAAGAGAGAACCAAUGAUGUGGCUUCUGAAGAACUUGAAUUAGAAACAAAUGGGUUGCCUGCAACGGGUUUGGAGUAUAGUCCUGAAAGAGAAGAUGAAACUGUAUUGGAAGUAGUAACGACAGAAAAGACACUUUCGAAGGUCGGAAAAGAAUUGAAGCACAAUGUAGAACCCGAAAGAGAAAGCACCCCGAAACAUACAAAAAAGAGAAAAGAAAAUUAUAUUGAUGAUGAAGAUACUGAUUCAAUUCAUUUCGAAAUUGAGCAAUCAAAAACCCAUAUUAAGAAAAAGAAGAAAUUACCAAAUGUAGAUAUCGAAGAAAGUACGAAAGUUAUUGAGGAUAAGGCGAAAAAGACGGUAGAUCAAAUUUAUGAAAACGCAGAUAUGAUCAAUGAUGAAUCAUCAGAUCAUACUGAGAAAAAAAUAGUAACGUUGGAAAUAGAAAUUGAGGAAACCGAAAAAUACAAAAAUGAUAAGCCAAUCUCAGAAGUUCACAGAGAAAAUGUGAAAAAACCCACCGUUGACGAUGAAACCACUAAUAUAGAAACUCCGAAGAAUAAAGCUUUUACUUCACAACUCGAUGAUGAAAUGAAUGGACAAAUUGAAACUCCCAAAGUUGAGAAUAUCCAAGGGAGCAUUCAAAAGAUUCCAUCGAAAGAAAAAUUUAAUUUCUCCCCGAAGAAGAAUAAUUUAGUCACCAGGUCGAAGCUGAAAAAUAAAUAUACACCCAUAGAAACAGAAAAAUCUAACGAGAAUAAACAGCAAGUUAAACGUAAUUUGAAGAAGUUGAUACAGAAAUAUCGUAGAAAAAAGGUCGAUGACGAAGAAACCACUGAUAAGCAUGUGAGUGAAGCAAACACCGAAAUAAAAGUUAAUCAAAUAAUUGAAGAUGAUAAUGUUAAACAGAAAGAAGAAGUCAAAAAGAUACAAAUUCAGAUAAUGGAUAUAAUCGAGAAUAACCCAAACAUUGCGAAUAAAGAUUUGAUCAAGGAGAAGCUCCAGAAGACCUUAAUUGAUGAACUGCUGAAAGUAAUUGAUGAAAAGGUGGUUGAGAAAACUGGAAAACAAAUGAGUGCCAAAGAUAAUGCCGAAACGAAAAAAUUAAUAGAAGCGAUCGAGCAAACAAAAAUCGAUGUUUCGAAAAUUCCAAUUGUCACACAAAAUGAAGAAAUGAAAGAUGUCGUGGAGAAUGAUAUGAAAAAUGCCAUCAGUACAAAGACGAACAAAGAAGAUAAAAUUAAAGAAGCUCAGCAGAAAAUAGAAGACAUUAUGAAUAUAAUUGAUGACAUUGUUGAUACUAUUGAAAUUCAAAGUGAUGAGUGAAGUCUAUGUAUUGUAUAUCAUUUUGUUAUUGCAAUAAAUUAUAUUACUUGUU